AUGGCAGCAAAGGCGACCAGACCUAGGAGCGGACUUCAACCCGGAGUGGUGCAGCGGCACGAGCGUCGGCACGCCGGAUCCAAGGACCGUCAAGCGCAUACCGCGCCCCGAGCAGCGCCCACAGAGCGGCCCAGCAGCGCCCAACGAGCGCCCAGCGAGCGGCGUCAGUGCACCACCAGCGGCACCCACCCACGUGCCCACCAGGAGCACGCACAGCGCGGCCACCGCGCCCUCAGCAGCGUCACCCGCGCCGCCAGCCGCGUUAUCAGCAGCGCAGACCCAGCAGCGUCCCGCGCCGUGCAGUGCCACCCACGUGGCCAUCAGGUGCCCACAGAGCGGCCACCUCGCCCUCCACAGCGUCCACCGCGCCUCGCGCCCAACGAACGCCUGCCGACAGCACCCACCGCGCCACCAGCAGCGCCCACUCACGUGCUUACCACCGAGCGCCAUCAAGCAGGGCAACAGCAGUGCCAACUGAGCGCUCACCACACCGAUCAGCGCUGCCGCGCGUCAGUCGUGCCACGGGAAGCGCCCACCCACGUGUUCAUCAGGAGCGCCCAACGAUCAGCGCCGCCGCUCACCAGCCGCGCUCACCGAGCGCCAUCAGGAGCGCCAACAGAGCGCAAAGCCGUGCCAUCAACAGUACAACAGGCGCCCUCAGCAGCGCCAACCGAGCGCCAAUCAACGCGCCCACAGCAGCGCCCAGCCGCGCCCUCAGCAGCGCCAACCGCGCCGUAUACGUGGUCACUAGCCACGCUACGAGCGCCACCAGGAGCGCGCAACGAGCGGCCACCGCGCCCUCAGCAACGUCCACCGCGCCGCCAGCAGCGCCGUCCACGGGGCAACGGGAGCGCCAGCCGCAACCACAUCGGUCAGCCACUGCCGCACGUCAGCAGUACCUGCCGUGCGCCCCUGGUAGCGCCCAGCGCCCAGUCACGCCACUAG